CCAGCCUGUUGAGAAAGAGCGAGACAGCAGCUCGAACUCGCCGUCAACAUGAAGACGAACCCGACGAGUCCUCAGCGGUCAGAAAUGUGUUAAGGUAGUAUGUCCCUGUUGGAGCGCAGCUGUCGGCAAACCAGCUGUUUUGGAGGCCUCCAUCUGCUCUCUCCUGCUGCCUGGAGGCAGUCUGUGUGUGCUGGACCAUGAGUGGAAGUAAAACCCCCCCUGAGGGCUGCGAGGGUCCAGUCCAGAGUCCGUGUAAGGCGCCGUCCCGCUGGCACCAUUACAGGAGGCCUUGGCAGAGAACCGACCCCCGGCCUGCUCCUGAGCAGCCAUUGGAUAGAUACAGGUGGAGAACAUCUGCCUGCCUGGCACCAAGGGCAGCCAAGAUGGCCGCCCCUAGGGGCAAAGGGCAAAACACAGAGCCUCUUCACCUGCGGCUGCUCAGCCUCCCAAGGUUCAACACCGCCCCAAAUGACCGCAGCAGAAAUCAACCCUCCACAGGCUACGAAGGCCAGACGAGGACCGGCUCCCUGCCCAGGAUCUUCCCUUACUUCAGGUCCCUUUCUGAGCCCGGUACAGGCAGCGACCCGGGGAGGACGGCGAUCCGGAAGGUGGGGUCGGACGCAGAGCGAAGAGCUCCCUCCGUCAGCAGCUUCCUCACCUCGUUCUCUCGGAGGAUCAGCAGAGUCCUCAGGGACCAACCAGAACCCGAAGGAGAGUCUGAUGUUAAAGGUCCUCCGGCUCACCGGUUCUCCUGCGGCCAGAGUCCGUACACCGACAGUGGAGCCUGGGAGAGGAAGUUCUGCAUCCUGACGGACAGCCAGCUCAUCCUGCUCAACAAGGACGACGAGACUGCAGGUGAGGCUCAGGAGAGCCCCACGGACUCGUCCAAGGGCCGAAGUCUCCGCAGGACUGUCAGCGUCCCCUCGGAGGGACAGUUCCCAGACUUCCCAGCAGAGGGCGCCGCCAUGCUAGAAGUGUCUUCGGAGCGAUCUCCGAGGAGGAGGAGUAUCUCGGGUCUCGGGAGUUCAGAGAAGAGCGUCGCAGUGGACAAUCCCAACUCGUCACCUUUUAAAGUGCCGGGGUUUUUCAGUAAACGUCUCAAAGGCUCCAUCAAGAGGACGAAGAGUCAGACCAAACUGGACAGAAACACCAGCUUCAGACUGCCGUCGCUCCGGCCUGCUGACGCUGACAGAUCUCGCGGGCUCCCCAAGCUGAAGGAGUCCACCUCCCAUGAGUCUUUGCUGAACCCGGGCAGCGCGGUGGAGGCUCUGGACCUGAGCAUGGAGGAGGACGUGUUCGUCAAACCCCUGCACAGCAGCAUCCUGGGUCAGGAGUUCUGCUUCGAGGUGACGUACUCGGGCGGCAGCAAGUGUUUCAGCUGCACUUCGGCCUCAGAGAGAGACAAGUGGAUGGAGAACCUGAGGAGGACGAUUCAGCCCAACAAGGACAACUGCCGGCGGGCGGAGAACCUGCUGCGACUGUGGAUCAUCGAGGCCAAAGACCUGCCGCCAAAGAAGAAAUAUUUCUGCGAGCUGUGUCUGGACGACGUGUUGUACGCCCGGACCACCAGCAAGACUCGCCACGACAGCCUGUUCUGGGGCGAGUACUUCGACUUCUCCAGCCUGCCCGCCAUGCACAGCAUCACCGUGCACAUCUACCGCGACAUGGACAAGAAGAAGAAGAAGGACAAGAACAACUACGUGGGACUGGUCAACAUCCCGGUGUCGGGUGUGACGGGCCGGCAGUUCGUGGAGAAGUGGUACCCGGUCAGCACGCCCACCACCAGCAAGGCCAAAGGAGGGGGGCCGUCGAUCCGCAUCAAGUCCCGCUUCCAGACCAUCUCCAUCCUGCCCAUGGAGCAGUACAAGGAGUUCGCCGAGUUCAUCACCAACAACUACACCAUGUUGUGCUCGGUGCUGGAGCCCGUCAUCAGCGUCAAGAACAAGGAGGAGAUGGCCUGCGCUCUGGUCCACAUCCUGCAGAGCACCGGGAGGGCAAAGGACUUCCUGACAGACCUGGUGAUGUCGGAGGUGGAUCGCUGCGCUGACCACGACGUCCUGAUCUUCAGGGAGAACACGCUGGCCACCAAAGCCAUCGAGGAAUAUCUGAAGCUGGUGGGACAGAAAUACCUGCACGACGCACUCGGUGAGUUCAUCAAGGCUCUGUACGAGUCGGAUGAGAACUGUGAGGUGGAUCCCAGCCGGUGCUCCGGCGGCGAUCUGGCCGAACACCAGAGUAACCUGAAGAUGUGCUGCGAGCUGGCGUUCUGCAAGAUCAUCAACUCCUACUGUGUGUUUCCUCGGGAGCUGAAGGAAGUGUUUGCGUCGUGGAAGCAGCAGUGCGUCGCUCGCGGCCACCAGCAGGACAUCAGCAAGCGUCUGAUCAGCGCCUCGCUGUUCCUGCGCUUCCUCUGCCCCGCCAUCAUGUCGCCGUCGCUCUUCAACCUGAUGCAGGAAUACCCGGACGACCGGACGUCCCGAACGCUCACGCUCAUCGCUAAAGUCAUCCAGAACCUCGCCAACUUCACCAAGUUUGGAAACAAAGAGGAGUACAUGGCCUUUAUGAACGACUUCCUGGAGCACGAGUGGGCGGGGAUGAUGCGCUUCCUGUCGGAGAUCUCCAACCAGGAGACGCUGUCCAACACGCCGGGCUUCGAGGGUUACAUCGACCUCGGCCGCGAGCUGUCCGUCCUGCACGCUCUGCUGUGGGAGGUCGUCUCUCAGCUCGACAAGGGUGAAAAUUCCUUCCUGCAGGCCACCGUAGCGAAGCUGGGCCCGCUGCCGAGGAUUCUGGGAGACAUCUCUCGCUGUCUGGCCGCUCCCACACCUGUCCAGCAGCAGCUGCGACGUUUCCAGGACCACAACUCUGCCCACAACAUCAGCGGCAGCCUGUCGUCAGGGUUACAGCGAAUCUUUGAGGACCCCGCAGACAGCCACGGUGAGGUCCGCAGCCUGCAGUCUCCGGGCGGUGAGCUGAUGGAGGGUUAUGUUCGAGGUCAGCGCCCCCUGCUGGCUCAGCAGCAUCCCUCCAGCCACACCAGCUUCUCGGACCCGGAGGAGCGAGACAACCUGCUGCCCAACGGUCGCAGCAUCUCCCUGGUGGACCUGCAGGACGCCCAGAGCCUGCACGGCCCCGUGGGCCCGCCACCGCACCACGAGGCCCCGCCCCGCCUCAGCAGGGUGGGCUCCCAGGCCUCCAUCGGACAGGCCCCGCCCCCGCUCAACUACCCCCACUCCAACCCUCUCACCCCCCAGCCGGUGCCGCACCAGCUCAAAGCCUCGCCCCGAGACGGUCAGCCACAGAGCGCACCGCAGGUGAGGCGGCCGCUGCACCCGUCGCUCAGCCAGCAGCGCAGCCUGCAGCCGCUGUCCUUCCAGAACCCCGUCUACCACCUGAGCAACCCCGCCCACAGCCUGUCCACGCGCUCCGCCCACUCGCUGCGGCAGGACUCCAGCUCCGAGAACCUGAGCACCGAGAGCUCCCACAACAGCCACAGCAACUCCGACGACUUCGGCAGCCAGGUGGGGGUCAAAGGUCGCGCGCCGUCCAACAGCAGCCUGGACGAGUUGGGCAGCAGGCGGAGCACGCAGAGCGAGGACUGUUCGACUCCGCGCCGCCACGCGCUGCCCGACCUCCCGCCGGGCACCGCCACGGCGGUCGCCAUCCCCCGUCAGAGCACGACGGCGGGCACCGCCCAUAUCGUCAAGGUGGAGCAGCAGAGCAGGGUAGGGGGCGGAGCCAGGACGCCGCGCUCCCUCCCUCACAGCGCCUCACUACGCAGCAGCAGCAGCGCCAACACAGAGCCCACGCCUACCGCCGGCCUCGUCAACCGCAGUCCAGUCCAGCAGUCCGCCUGCUCUGUGGAGAACGUGGCUCCGCCCCCGAGGAGCGCCGCCAAGCUGCCACCGCAGGUGGCGUCUCCGGUGGAGGCGGUGGCGGCGGCGGGGGCGAUGUCUCCCGUGGAGAGGACGGCAGCCUGGGUGCUCAACAACGGCCAGUACGAGGAGAAGGAGGAGGAGGGAGGAGAGAGGGGCAGAGAGGAGAGCAGGAACGCUGAGAAGUACGAGCUGGAGAUCUCCCGGCUGAAGGAGCGCCUGCGGGCGUCCGGGCGGCGUCUGGAGGAGUACGAGCGGCGGCUGCUGGCUCAGGAGCAGCAGAUGCAGAAGCUGCUGCUGGAGUACAAACACCGACUGGAGGACAGCGAGGAGAGACUGAGGAGGCAGCAGGAGGAGAAGGACAGCCAGAUGAAGAGCAUCAUCUGCAGGCUGAUGGCGGUGGAGGAGGAGUUGAAGCGGGACCACGCAGAGAUGCAGGCGGUGAUUGAAGCCAAACAGAAGAUCAUCGACGCUCAGGAGAAGCGGAUCGACUCCCUGGACGCGGCGAACUCGCGGCUGAUGGCGGCGCUGACGCAGGUGAAGGAGCGCUACAGCACGCCCAACCUCCGCAACGGCCUGUCACCCACCAACCCCACCAAACUGUCCAUCACUGAGAACGGAGAGUUCAAGAACAGCAGCUGCUGAUUGGCUGAGCAGGACGCGAGAGGCGGGGCCUAAACUGACUGAUUUAAAUGUAUAAAUACGAGUGUAAAUACUGAAGGCUCGACCUGUUCGGUGUACAGAGAGUGUGUGUGUGUGUGUGUGCGCGCGCAGCGAGGAAGAAAUCAAACACUCGACUUUUCUAACCAACUUUUUUAUCGUUUUUAUUUGAAUCUUCUGGUUUUUGUUGUCGAGGCUGAAGUUCGUUAGUUUUAUUUUUUCUUUUAGAGUGGACUUUGUUUUUUUUACCUGCCGGGUUGUUUUGGGUUUUAAUUUAUUCUUCCAGGUCGCCCCCCCUUGUUGCUGAGCUACUGAACAGACUCCUGUCGGAUCAGGGUCGGAGGUCACACCCUGUCUGCUGGCCACGUGUUAAUAAAAGCUGCCUGAAAGUC